AUGAAACCAGUACUCAGUACUAGAACCGGUGGCAACAGAUAUCACCCUGGCAUUGAAGUCGCAGAUGGAUUUCUUGCUAAUCCACCAUCGGGAUCCGCUAAUGCUCAGAAUACGUCAAGUCCGAAUACAAGAAGUUCACCCACCCCAAGAGUACUAGGGAUAUUCGAUGUCGCCGGAUUCCAGAAGCAAGAAGGACCAGCCUUCAAUUAUGCACGGACCCUGACCUGGAUGAACUUCGCCAAUAAUCUCCUUGUCGCAUUUGACGAUGCUCCUAGUUCGCACGAGUUGAUUUCGCUCGGUGCACAGCAAACUGCCGAUGCUCAAGUCAAUUCACAGCAAUCUCCCAGAGGAUCUGAAGCUAGUCUCCCAGGUCACAACAGUACUAAUGGUUCUCAAAGUCAUUUAUAUGAGUAUUCGAAUUUGGAUGAGCUCUCUGACGCAAAGCCUAUCUUUUGGAAAAAUGUCGCUGUUUCGACACUCAUGGGUGUCCUGAUCCAAUGGGGUACCACGAUGCUUGCAUUCAUCCUGGCCUUUGAGACCGUCGUCAAGGGUCUGGGUUGCAGGUCGGGGAGCUACCUCAUCUAUGGCGUCCUAUCUACUGCAGCGUGCAUAUUUUUACUUAUUUCUGCAGCACUUUCACACGUCACCAUGCGAGAAUACGAGAGGAAACGUUUGGCGGAGCCACAACGAGAGAAUGGGAGGGAAAAUAAGAUUGGGCCAGGAGCACAUAUCAGCGGAGCUUUUGCGGUCUUCUUUCGGUUACUAGGAUGGUUCUUGCUUGUGGCUAACACCAUAUGGCUUCUGCUGAUCUCCAUAUGGGAGCUCAUUGGUUUCUUUGACAGCUGCUACUGUGCGUCGACGGAGCUUAGUAAGAAAGAAGCUGGUUGGAUCCUUCUGUUCAAAGGCACGGAUGCGCUCAAGGAAGAUGCGCAAGCAGCAUGGGGAGUUGGAAUUGGUUUGGGAUUCGUUCUCAUUUUCGUGGCAAUCGCUGUCUUUUAUCUGGCAUCUCGGCAUAAACAUGAGUAG